AUGUACUCAUUCCGCAAUCCUGUGUUCAAGGCGCAUGCGACGGAGGCUGCUAGGAUGAACAAUCCACCAAAUGCAAUACCUCCACAGAUUUGGCGGGAAAUGGUUCGCAAAUGGUCAGACCCUAGCUGGGUGGAUACAAGUGACAAGAACAAGGAGAACCGUGAGAAGUGUGAGCUGAAGUCAACUUGUGGUUCUGCUCCCUUGGCAAAGUACAGAUUGGAAGAGAUCAAGAAGACGGGCAGAGAACCUGAUCCUAUUGAGACUUUCAGGAAGUUUCAUUCAACAAAGGAUAAUUUCACCACUCCCAAGGCUCAGGCUCGACAUGCUGGAAUGAAGGAGAAGGAGGCAGAGAAGUUGAGCAAAGGGGAGGAUAUGAACAAGUUUGCUAUUUAUGGAGAGGUGGUAGGCCAGCAGUGA